GUAUAUUAAAAAUCUUGAGCUUUAGUUAAAUAGAAGCACUGAACCCUCGCAAUUUGUCACCCCAAAGAAAAUAGGAUAUGCAUGCAAUGGCAAAGAUGAUCGCAAAUUCUCUUUUUCUAUUGCUUGGAGCUCUUUCUUUCAUAGCAACGGUCCAAGGCCAGGAUCAAUCAGGAUUUAUUAGCAUAGAUUGUGGAUUACCUGAAAAUUCCAAUUACACUGAGAAGAACACGGGAAUCAAUUACAUUUCAGAUGCUAAUUUCAUUGAUUCUGGUGUGAGUAAAACUGUGUCAUCCCAAGAUAAGACGACUCAUCCACAAUAUUUUAAUUACCUUCGGAGUUUUCCUAAUGGAAUAAGAAAUUGUUACAGAAUAAAUGUAACAAGUGUUACUAGAUAUUUAAUCAGAGCUAGUUUUUUGUAUGGAAACUAUGAUGGUCUUAAUAAGCUUCCAGAGUUUGAUCUUUAUCUUGGAGUUCAGUUUUGGGACAUGGUAAAAUUCACAAAUUCUUCAGUCAGCAUAAACUAUGAGAUCAUCCACACUCUAUCGCUGGAUUAUAUCCUAUUUGCUUGGUUAACAAAGGCACAGGGACACCAUUCAUUUCAGUUAUAGAAAUGAGGAUUUUGGGCAAUGUCGAGAGGAGUUAUGUCACUAUAGAGUCAUCUACAUCAUUGGCACGAUUCCGAAGGUUGUAUUUUAGUUCUAUCACCAACUUAACAUACAGGUGAGUCCCCUUUUUUUAUUAAUAUAUCUGAUUGAUAUUUUGAUACCU